AUGAGACGGCAGGUUCCUACAUUGCAGCCAGUUCGUCCGGGUGCACAUGACCCGCGUCAGGAUGCAAAAUGGGCGCUGGAGCUAGCCCUCUAUGAGGCUUCAAUUCAUCCUGCCACGACCAAGCCUCUCAAGUUGCUUUCUUUCCCAAAGACGAUUUUCCUGAGUGAGAUCCCGAAAGGGACAGCAGCCAAGGAACUUGGAGCCUUCUUCGCGCAUGGCACUUGUGCAGAGGUGAGCUUUCACCUGCAGUCUGAGCUUGGAAGUUGGUUGGGAACAGCUACAGUCACCUUUGGCUCCCAGGCAGAGCGGGAUAAAGCUUUCAACGACCUGCCCCGCUUUGUUCGCGUUUAUGUGGGCCCACUUCGUGAUUGGGCUGGCAGGACAGACUUGGCCAAGAUGCAGGCUCAGCUAAAAGAGCAUUUCCUGAAAUUUGGCAGAGUCCGGAGUUGUCGAGUAAUGUGUCCCAGGGCCUUCCCGGGCCAGUCAGCGCUUCCCUUUUGCUUGCUGGAGUGUCAUCCAACUGCAGCCCGUGUGGUCCUGACCAAUCGGCAGGAGUAUGGAGAGCUUGGAGGGUCUCUCUCAUCUGAAAUGUUUGUAAGAGACCUCCUGGGAAAAAGCGAGGCUGAUGUUGAAAGACAGCGUGAACUUGAAGCAACCUUUGCAAACUUUGACCAUGAUGGGGAUGGAGCCUUGAACAGAACGGAGUCAUGGGCUUGGUAUCGAUUCCUUGACGAGGAUGGAGAGGAUUCUGAAGUGACAGAUCAACACCGGGCUGCAUUCCUCGAGUUCGAUGAAGAUCAUGACGAGAAAUUUUCAAAGCCAGAAAUCGCAGAGCUUUUGCUUUGCAUGGACAAGGUUGAAGCCAUGAAAGACGCAGUUGAUAUGGAAGACGAAGAGGACGAAGAAGAGGAAUAUGAAGAUGUGGCAACCGCCGAAGACGGAACAGAUGCUGAAGGUGACUCUGAGGACGAGAGUGAGGAAGAUGAAGACGAGGAAGGCGAGGAAGAAGAGGAAGACGAGGAUGCUGAGUCAAAUGAUGGUGAGAGCACCAGCUCUGAUACAGUUCUGCAUUGA